AUGAGCGAGACCCUGCCUUUUGUAUGUGCCGAAGAGGGCUCGGUGGAAAUAGUCGAGCUGUCCUGGCCCAUGCUGCAAGACCUGGAGAUAGACCAGGCUCCCGAGGCUUGCUUGGCUUACGCGGUUAUGCGCCGGCCCGGGGGCUUCCUUCUGUGCGUGCCGAGUGGCUUCUUCAGAGCCUCCGACCUGCUUGCCGGACAAUCAGCCAACGAGGACAGUGCUCUGAUGGGGCCUUCCAUCGAAUAUCUUGUAAUUUCGCAGGGGCCAUCGAUCUGUGAACCUUUAGGACUUUGUUCGGCGAAAGUAGGCGUAGCUCUGCUUGUCGCCAUCUCAGCCACGGCCUGCACUUACAACUCAGUUGAAGCUGUGAAAGAGCGUGAGCUACCAGCGCUGGAGCCAACGCAUCCAGCGAAUCCCUUCAGCCCCGUAGCGGCAUCCCCUGCAGCUUCAGGGGGCCUGGCCAUGACAGCCUCGGACCUUCACAUGUUAAUGCAGCGCAUGUCGGAAGCCACACAGGCAGCGAGUGCAGCAGCCCAGGCGGCUGCAACAGCAUCUUCUUCUUCAGGUAUGGUCGGGACCAGACCUUUUGGGCUGGGCGACCUUUCGAAAAUCAUUCCGAAGCCGGAGAGCUUCAAGCCUGCUUCUCGAGAAGAGGAGUACUCUUUGUGGCCAGCAUGGAGUUGGUCAAUGGAGCAAUACCUCGCAUGCCUUGACCCAGAGUUUUCGAGUGAGCUUCUUCGUUAUACAAAGCAGAGUGAACCUGUGCGUCUUGAGGAUAUGUCUGAUCAAACAAAGGCCAGAGCGAGACUGCUAUACGGUGUGCUGAACGGAUUGCUCUAUGAUCGAGGCCGCCGCCUCCUCAGAUCCGUUGUCGGUCAAAACGGCUAUGAAUCCUGGAGAUUGCUUUCCCGAGACCUUAUGCCUCAGUCUCGCAACAGAGUUCUUGCUUUGCUGCGUACAAUUUCAGCAUGGCCCGCAUUCGAUGCCAAGCAGGGCCUAUCUCAGCAGCUGGUUCGACUGGAGACUGCUUUCGAGGAGUAUGAACGAUUGGUUCCUGGAGGUGUGCCAGAGAAUCAUAAGAUGGCUACGCUGCUCGGUUGUUUGUCAGGACAGCUUCGCCAGCAUGCAAAUGUAGUCGUCACUGACGAUAGCAGUUACCAUGAUCUGAGAGAGCUUGUGCUGCGUUGGGAUGGUGCCCAGACACGUUGGUCUUCGAGUGUUGCAAUGAGAUUGUUUUCACCUUCGACCACAACGAACGUGGUCAAGAUCAUACCGUUGCUCUUCCUGAUAUGGAGAAUCACUAGACCCGGUGUUACCUACGCCAUAGCCUCUAUCGAUGUAAAGGAUGCGUACUUGGAAGUGCCACAGGAGGAGCCGGUGAUGGCUGAAGCGGGCGACUGGGCCCGAGCCGACGAUCCGGCUCCCGUGCCUUGCGUGGUUGUCGACCUAGCCUUUCGGGCUGCAGACGCCGUGACUCAGGCCGACCUUGCCGACACCGGUGCCAGGCCCUUCUUGGCGGACCGCCCCGAUACCUUCCCCCUUGCCUCCGAGGUCGUUCGAAAAUGCCGGAGCUGGGUUGCGGAAGACCUUGCAGGAAUAAGAAGCGGCUAUCAUACGGCUGUGUCCGAAGCACCGGCUCGGGCUGCAAAAUUGGGGGCUCGGCCAAAGAAGACCACCGUUGCCCAGCUGGCAGCUCAACAAGAGUCUUUUGCAAAGGCCCUAGCAGGCAUCUCAGAACAGCUGGCCCUUCUUGCGAAGCCUCCCUCUGUGGAGCAAGGAGCCGUCGAUGGUGGGCCAGCCGCUCCUUUGCCUCGGGCGGCCGCGCCUCCGACUUCAGCCUUGCUGUCGGCCCCAGUGUCAGGAAAGGCCCCCCAGCAAGGCUUCCCGGCAAAGGCCCUGAGCUCUCUGUUAGGCCCUCCUCCUCGUGCAAAGGCUGCCCCGACUCCUGUGAUACAUCAGCUGGAGGAAGACGAUCCCCUCCACUUGGAAACUGGCGGCGCGCAGGAAGCGGGUGGAACAAACACCCCCGUUGCGGAGCCAUGCUGCUUCAGAGCCGAGCGCUGGCUCAACUCGCAGAGGAUGCAGAGCGAGCUUGCGCUCCGAGAAGGACACUUUGCGACCAGGAUGCGAGCGGCCGCCCUCAGGCGUAUGGCCCCCACUGCCUUGGAGCCGGCCAUGCACCAGGAGGGCCUGAUGACUCGUUACCUCGAGAGGUUCGGAGGCUACCAAGGCCAGCAGCUGGUUGGGUUGCUGCAGUGGCAGCUAGCCCAAAUUUCGGAUAUGCUAGCAGCGGACAGCCCGCAAGGCGCCGCGGAUCUGGCUGCCCAGGCCAUGAUAAUGCUGGAGCAGGUAGCGGUCGACCGUGGCCGCCACGAGCUUGGGUGGCUCUUCACUCUUCAACCAGAUCCGCCUGUGAGCUUGUUCGCCACCCACCAGGCUACUCCGACAGCAGCCUUAAGACCUUUCGCCCCCCUCGCCGAUGCAAAGCUGGUCUCCUGCACCAUAGCCUUCAUGAAAGAGUUGGACACCUUGUCGGCGAAGCGCUUGGAACUGAGCGGAGCAAAGGGAAAGCCGCCCCCUGCUCCGCCUCCCACCGACGACGGUGGUACUCCCGAGCCUCCGCUUUCAAAGAAGCAGCAGAGGGCUCGUGCCUGGGCAGCGGCGAAGAAAGAGACCAUUUUGCCCCUUGUGCGCUUGUGGGAUCAGAAAGGGCUGCCCCCUGGCAGCCUCUUGACUCAGGUUAGCGUGUCGCGUUUUACUUCUGUUCUGGUCGGGGCCUCCACCGACAGGGCCGACUUUUACCACCAAGCCCUUAUAAGUGACGCACGCGCGGCUUCGAACUGCAUCGGGCCCCCGCUUUCUGUUGAAGACCUCCAGGGCACUGCUGCCCUCGCCCGCCUUCUCAAGCCGCCCCUGAAGCGGAAGUGUUCCCUGCUUGCUGGGCUUCACGACAGGUCCCGCUUUUAUGCUGCCUUCGGGACCCUGUUCCAAGGGGACCACGGAGGGGUCGAGUACGCGACUUCAGCCCAUCAGGCGUUGCUUCGCGAGCAUGGGCUCCUGCAUCCCGGCUCCCGCCUCCUUGGGCAACACGCCGUGCCGCGCACCCCGUGCUACGAGGCUUUAGUCAUUGAUGAUUAUUUUAGCCUCUCCGUCGAGUGCCUCGAUGACUUUGCCGAGUGUCCUUCCGAGGCCCUUCCACAGAAACUUCUCCAGGCCGAGUCGACGCAGAGGGUCCUUACCCAAGCCGCGUAUGCUUCCGAAGAUGUGCAAGGCUCCCCUGCUAAGGACCUGCUUGGAGCCCUCACCUACCAGGUUGCCGGCGCCUACGUUGACUCCUCCGUGCAAUCUGUUCGUGAGGGGCAGAUCCUUGUUGGAGCGCCGCCAGGCAAACGCCUCGCCCUCGCGUUCCUGUCUCUAAAAGCCUCCCCGCUGCCGGGCAUUUCGAAGGAACUUGCUGCUGCCUUCUCUGGCUCCUGGACUUCUGCUCUGCUCUUCCGGAAGCCCCUUGCAGCCUGCCUCGGUUCCUUCUUCAAACUCGGCCUUGGCCACGUGUCUGGCCACCCCGGGUCCGACGUCGUCCCACUCUCUAGGACCCAAGCUCAGGAGCUUGUGCUCCUUGCGGUCCUUUCUCCCAUCGCUGUGUCCAAUGUUGCCCUGCCUCAUUCCAAAAGGAUCUUUUGCACUGACGCCUCACUGAAGAAAGGGGCUGUUGUCAGCGCUCGCGUCUCGCGGCCUGUUGCUGAGGCUCUGUGGGCCCAUGCCAGCCGACGGGGCCAGUACACUCUGCUGUCCGGGACUACUUCUGCCCUGGAUCCUACCGACGCCUGCCCGAGCACCGCUCCUUCCUGGGGCCUUACUGGCCGAGGUCCCGCGACUGAGAGCACCCUCGAGUCUCCUGUUGGGUUGGAUGCUCUGCUGGUGCUCCCGCUGCCGCGAGGGUCCUUGACCUUCUUCUUCAUCUUAUCGCAAACGGCCGCCUUCGCUCACUCCUCUGCAUGCUGUGUCCCUCCUGGGGCUUUCCCCUGGAUCUCCCACCGGGAUCGGUCGCUUCGGAAACAAGCAGACACGUCGGGAAAGAAGGAACGCCGCGCUCUCCGUGCCCUUGUUCUGCUCAGGACCUGUGCCUCCUACGGUGUGCCCUGCAUCCUGGUUCACCAGCGUAAGUCCGGGAUCUGCCGGCACCCAUCCUUCCUUCGAUGCCUCGAGCUGCAGACGGCAACCUCUGGGAGCUAUCGUGGCUGUGUUUUCGGCGGGCCCGGGACCUCAGACCUUGGCUGGGUUGCUGUUUGGACUCCCACCCCCGGCCUUGAUCGCAAGUGCACCUGCAAGUUCCACGAAAAAGGGAAUGAUCGUUCUGUGUUCCCUUCUUUCUCUUCCGAAGGUGCUCGGGCUAUUGUUUCCUGUCUCUGGGCCGGAGCUCAACUUGUCGAGCCUUCCGAGGAGCCCGCCUGUGGGCUUGAAAGUGCCUUGGUUAACGAUGUCCUCUUGACUUCCAGGUGGCGGGCCGAUAGGACCUGGCGGUGGCGGCAGCGGCGGCACAUCAACGUGCUUGAGUCUGAAGCCGCUCUUCAGCUUUACAAGGACCUCGUUGUCCACGGAGGCGACCUGCGUUUUAGCCUCCUCACUGAUUCCAGUGUUGUCCUCGGCUCCCACAGAAAGGGCCGGUCCACUGCGUUUCUCCUCGCGCCAUCGCUGCGCCGGGCUUCUGCGAUCCUUCUCGCCGGGGGCUUGUAUCCCUCUUUGCAGUUCGCCCCCACCAGGCUGAACCCGGCUGACGACCGACACGUGACAAGCGUUGCCGCGAAGCGUGCGGGGUCCCUCUGCAUGAGACGGUUGACCCCUGGUCCCUUGCUGGCUUCAGCCACCUGUCAAGAGCCCGCGCCAAUUGGGUGUUUCUCUGCCUUCUCGACUUUGACUCCACCCUCGGCUUCCCAGGCGAAGGCCCAAACGCCGCCGACCUUCUGCGCCAACGCGGACGUGCUCCUGGCCUCCUUCCCUCUGGUCGACCGGAGGCCUUUUGACCACGAAGCUUUCUGCGAAUACCUUGUUGCCUUCGGCAAUGACCUCUACGCUUCUGGAAGACCUUAUUGGCAUUUCGCUGAAACUAUCAAUUCUUUGACCUCCCUAAAGCCUUCACUCCGACGUCAAGUUCAGGGAGCCUGGGACCUCGCUUAUACGUGGCUGGCAGAGGAACCGUAUGUGCACCAUACUGCUAUGCCGGCUCAGGUCCUCGUCGCUGUCCUUAGCACUUGCCUUUUGUGGGGCUGGAUCAAGGAGGCCGGGAUUUUCGCGCUCUGCUGGGGAGCGCUUCUUCGUGCUGGCGAAGCUGUAAAGGCUACAAGGAGGGAUGUCGUCUUCCCCUCCGACGCCCUCUGGGGUCAAACCUAUGUCCUCAUUAAGAUCCAGGAGCCGAAGACUCGUGGCCGAGCUGCCCGUCACCAAAGCGCCAAGCUGGAACCGUACGACCUCAUUGAGGUCUGCCGACUCGCCUUUGAAGCCCUACCAAAAGGCGCAAAGCUUGGGCCGAUGACUCCGCAGACUCUGCGCCGCCGCCUUUACGAUGUCUUGACGCGGCUUGGGAUGCCAAGGUCUGGUGGGAGCGAGCGCCCUCUAGACCUUGGGUCCCUUAGACCUGGUGGUGCCACUUAUUUGCUCCAACAAACUGAGGACUCCGAGCUUGUCAGAAGACGAGGCCGCUGGAUAUCUCACCGUGUCAUGGAGAUCUACCUGCAGGAGGUCAGUGCGUCUACUUUUCUGGCAGACUUGGCGCCGACCGCUCGCGAGCUAGUUCUUGCGGCGUCCUCGGCUUUCCCCGACCUUUUGCGAAAGGCACGCGAUUGGACGAGAGCAGGUAUUCCUCCUGCCGUAUGGUUUUCCCUUUGGCCUCAUCUCUGA